AUGGCGUGCAACAGCUGGGAGAAAUUGUGCAAGGCUCAGCGCGAUUACCCCAAACCGAAGUUCGCAGAUUCCUUCGUGCAAAAGUCGCUCAAGAAGACACCCAAAAACCCAUUUCUUCUGGCAUGGAAAGCUCGUCUAGGUCUCACACUCAACCAUGGACACAACGAUGUUGUAAAACUAGUCCAACAGGCCUGGGAACAGCCAGGAGUAGAUGAUGUUCGGUUGCUUUCUUACCUAUACCAAAUCCUAGCGGAAGCAACGCGGAGAGACCAGGAUAACAACCUUAACAUCAGCGGAGUGGGCGACGGCAACCUCAAAGUUUGGCAACGUGCUGCGAAAGCGUUGGGCCGUAAAGAAGAUCGUCAAGAACUCUGGUCUGCCUUGGGCAAAGUAGCAUUGGCUGAAGAAUGCUGGGAAGACUUCCGCCUGGCUGUCUUUCACUACAGCAAGGAGACCAAGGAUAGCACUGGAUCAGUGUCAGCGAAGAAGCAUGCUCACUUCACGCAAAUACUUGCUAUUCAACUCGCUGCCGAACAGCAGCGCGGACUUCCAUCAGGCGAGAUGAAAAGUAAGCUACAAUCCGACCUGGCUCGUAGACUCAUGAAGCAAGCAUACGAGGCGGCUCCUGAUGACCCGAUCGCAUUCAAAGAUAUACGCGAUCUACGCUUCAUGGGUGAGAUUUUCGCGCGGCAAGGCAAAUGCAAUGAGCUGUUAGAGUACUGGAAUCAGCCGCCUGCAGCCCUCCAGGACCUAAUGACCAGGCAUCAGGGUGAUUUGUGGGAUAUGAGAAUCAGGCUUCCAAAAAACAGUGGAGAGUGGUCUCUGCUUGAAACUCACAACGGCAGCUAUGGAUCUCUGGCAUUCCUCAAGACAGCUGCUAACAGGAUUAGCCUUCGAGAAACUUGCGCCUGGAGGCAAGAUGUUUGGACAAGUUUGCUACAAGCCGCGCGAGCAACACGUGUCAAGGACGAUAGCAUUCGCCUUAUCUCUGAUGUCAUACGACGCACUUUCAAACCGGAUGAAUUCCAACCCCAGGACCGUAGCCUAAGAUUGGCGUACAUGAAACUUCGUCAGACUGUCGUCCCAGGGACUACGAUGUUAGCCGACUGUGAGGCUUACUGGAAAGCCCAUGCAAAUCUCAUCACAUGUUAUGCGGACAUCCGUCCGUUUGUGGAAGCAUUGAGUAGAGAAGAUCGUCACACGUUUUCAAAUUUUGUGGACGCGGAAUGGAAAGAAAUAUUCAGGUUGUCGGAGGAAAAGAAGUAUCCGUACCAAGACGCGGUUACCUAUCACGGAAACCGCCUGAAGCUAUCCUAUCUCCUGUGGAUAUCACUAACGACAAAGCCGAGUUCGAAAUGGCAGGAUUAUAUGGAAGUGCCUUUGUCCAUCGCAUUGACAGCCCCCUGGUUACGCUCUCCCAAGUCUUCAGAAGGUAUCGUCGGAAUCUACAUCCUCCUCCAGAUGCAUCGUAACGCUAUGCAUAACAAAGAAGAUACUCAUCCUUUCGGAACAACGCCAAACUCGCGACUCCUCCUUCAAGCUACGAUGCUCGCACGUCAUCUGGUGGCUUGCGAUAAAGAGAAGCAGGACAGGCCACUAGCACUACUUGCUGCACGAAUGCACCUGAACCUCGGCCUUGGGAAAUGUGCCUUCCAAUUGUACAGCCAUACCAAGUGCAAGGAAAUGCUGGUGCAUACAUUGUCGCCCUAUGUUCUGUCCCGGAUCUCACUGACACACCCAUUUGGUGCUAAAGGUUAUCAAGGAUUCUCGGCGGAAGAAGAACUUGGCAAAGCUGUUGGCACUAUGGAGAGAAUGGAACGUAAGAUUGAUGAUACUUUAUAUGCUGAUUUGCAAUCGCUUCCUUGGGACCAAGCUAUGGAACUUCUGGGUAUGAAGCGGAAAUUCAAAUCGAGCUUGACAAAGCACAUAUGCAACGUCGAGCGCCGCCGCAUAUCACGAUUAAAGGGCGAGCCGAUUGAUAAUUUGCCGGUUGUUGACCCGGGUAGCUACCGACACAUAUCCGACAACGUGGAUAGGUCCGUAUUCCCUAACUACGAGCACUCUUGUUCUCCUGGACCACUUCCAUACAUCAUGCCUAAUACGAUCCCUAAUAUCAACUGGCUAUGUGAAAGCCUUGAUACCUGGGAUGCGAGCAGUAGACUACUCUAUAGAGAGACACAAACGCGGGAAUUUCAGGGUGCAUGGAUACGCUCGGCUGCUUCACCUCAGAGUCAUAUCAAAGAAACUAAACAUAACAUGACACCUGCGGAAUCUACAGCUCACGGAAUCUGGGACUAUAUCAACUCUAUCGUUGAGAUGAUGCUGUUGGAAGAUUCCCCCCGACUUGCGUCCCCAGAGCCGCUCUCUUCCAUAAUAAAAGUACUACCGGAAGAGAUACAUGCUAUGCGAAUCGCAAUGGAAAAACUACGUAUGCCCGGCGCUACCAACUUGAAACCCGAAGACGAGCCUACUAUGUUCCACGAGAACAUGCUCAUCUCUUGCUACACCAAGUUCGAAGUUCUCCGCGCGCUCAUCAAGCUGGUCGAACACAUACGCGAGAAAGUCAUCAACUCGAAGACUCAUAACAUGAAGGCCAAGUUGUCGAAAGACUGGGUCAAUGACAUAGAGAGCAAGACAAAGAUCUGCUUCGAGGCGAUACGCGAUGUCGCGCAAAGCUAUAUCAAGCUUAUCGAGACGAAGGGCCAAGCUGCAAUCAAGGCGCAGAUACGGUGGGGCAAGACGGGCGAGAUGUUGAAAGAAGUGCUAACUGACGACGAUGUCGAUUUCUACGCCGCCGAAUACGUUGACAGUGCUCUGCAAGCUUGGAAAGGUGUGCUGCAGGUUAAGCUUAAGUAG